AGUGCCUCAGGACCGCGAGUGACCGAUUUUCACUCUUAUGUCAAAUAUUUACGUAACUUAAAAGUAAACUACAGAAGAGCGUUACCGUAACUCGUUUCUGGGCGUGCGCAUUGAUCCUGUUUUUUUUUUCUGGGUUCCUUGGGUCUGCAGAAAGUUCAUGUCAACAGUUUCUCUUGUCUGCAGAAGUGAAACAUGGACCCACCAGCUGGACCAUCUCUGGGGGGCUUUGACUUUGACCUAUUGGUCAUUGGAGGGGGAUCAGGAGGACUGGCAGUGGCAAAGGAAGCUGCGGGGUUGAGAAGAAAGGUGCUGAUCCUUGACCUUGCAGCUCCUUCUACUAGAGGCACUCAGAGGGAACUCGGUGGUUCCACUUUCAACAAAGACACAAUCAGAAAGUUUCUUCAACAGGCAUCACUACUGGGAAAAGCCAUUCAAGACUCUAAUAAAUAUGGAUGGAGAUUCAUAGAUGAUGUGUCUCAUGGCUGGAGCGACCUGGUGGAGGCUGUGCAGGGGAAGGUGAAGGCUCGCAGUUUGGAGUUGAAGAGGGAGCUAAAGAGCUGUGGAGUCUUUUACCUUGAAGCUCGUGGAGAGAUUGUAGCGCCUCACACAGUCGAGGUGACAGACAUAAAUGGAAGGAAGCAGAGUUUGACAGCAGAGACCCUGGUCAUUGCAACAGGAGACAGGCCUUACCACCUGGGCAUACCUGGAGACAAAGAGCACUGCCUGAGCAGUGAUGACCUUCUCUCGCUGCUUCACCCUCCUGGUCGGACACUGGUGGUUGGUGGGUCUGCAGAGGGGCUGGAGUGUGCUGGCUUCCUUUGUGGCCUCGGAUAUCCAGUGACCGUCAUGCUGCAACCUGACCUCCUUGAGGGGUUAGAUCAGAAAAUGGCACAGAAGAUAGAAAACCACAUGUUGGUGGCUGGAGUUGACUUCAUUUGUAACUGUUCACUCACUAAGGUGGAGCAGAAAGAACUUUCCACUGAGGACAGAGUUGCAGGCAUUUCUGCAGCAGCUCCACAGCAGGUUUCCAGGGGGAGGCUCUCAGUGACCGUUGUCUCUAAGGAAGGCCAAACAAAGCAGGACGAUUUUGAUACAGUUCUACUCACUGUUGGGAGGAAAGCCUGCACCAGUGGUAUCGGUCUGGAGCGUGUGGGGGUGCAAUUCAACCAGGACACUGGCAGAAUCCUAGUUAAUGAAAAGGAUCAGACCAGUGUUGAUUAUAUUUAUGCCAUUGGAUCAGUGCAGCAUGGACGCCCCUCCACCACAGGCCUCUCAGUGCAUGCUGGGACACUGCUUGCAUGUCGACUCUAUGGAGGAGAAAACACUUUGUGUGAUUACACCAAUGUGCCUGCUGUCGUGCUUACUCCUCUGGAAUACGCUGCCUGUGGUUUGUCUGAGGAGAAAGCCAAUCUAAUGUUCGGGAAAGACAAUAUAGAGGUGUAUCACAACUACUAUUGGCCCCUUGAAUGGACUCUACCUGCCAGAAAUAAAAAUUCCUGCUACGUUAAAGUCAUCUGCUACAUCCCAGAAAAUGAUCGUGUUGUUGGUCUCCACAUCAUGGGCCCUAAUGCUGGUGACGUCCUCCAAGGAUUUGCUACAGCCAUGAAAUGUGGUCUUACCAAACGACAGCUGGAUGCCACUGUGGGCAUUUCCCCCAGCUCAGCCCAGGUGUUAACUUCAUUGACCCAAACUCAGCGUAUGUCGGAGGCCUCGAUGCUGAGGGGAAACUGCUGAGGUUAGAUCCCCGCUGUCAGUCACAAGGACAGCAGGGAAAUGCACGAGGACAACACCAUGAGAUGCAGGCGGUGUGACGGCAAACUCCCCGUCCAAUGAUGUUUUCGCCUAAAACCUGACAGGCAGGCGAGAACUGAUGCACUGCCGCCGACAAAGAUCUUAUUUUGUGUUUCUGUCUGUGCUGCUUUUUGAGUUUGUUUGAAAAUUUUAUUAACUGUUGGCUCGAAGCAUAACUUUGAAAUACAUAGUACAAGUGAUGCAUUUUUAUGGCUCUCAACUUUAAAGAAGAUAAGACGCUCCCUAAGGUUCUGCUUUAGAAAACCUCUGUAAGCUUUAAUAUAGCUGAGUUUUGAAAGGCUGCAGGAGAGUGAUAAGACUGAAGGAUUUGAUGCAUUUACAUGGAGUAAAAGCUCAGGUUUAUAGUGUGUGUUUUUAUUGCGAUGGCGUGAGCCUCAGGGGUUUUACAGCCUUAAUUUCAUGUAAUGAACUAGACAGGGAUUAUGGAAUUACCCAAAUUAAUAGUGUUUAUCAGUGAAUGUGCUUCUUUUAAUUGAUGCAUAUGGUGCUUUUAUUGAGGCAUUACAUUCUCUGAUGCACUCCCUUGUUUUCUUUUCCUCUUUUAUUUUCUCUUUCUACUUUGUUUCAGCACCAUCUAAAAACAACUACUGAAUAUUCAUGCAGGUCAUUAAGUGAAGUAUCUCCAACAACUGAAUGCUGUGACCAGAGUACAGAUAUUCUUUACGGCACGCCUCUGACCCCUCAAGUUUUCCCCAAUGGGAGAGCUCUGCGCAGUGCAUGUAAAUUAAACAUUCUACAUCUGUGAGCAUAUAACAUGGGCGUUCCCUACUUAAGGACAUCAUUUUAAUUCUCUUCAUGUGUGGCAGCUCUCUACAAGGCCAGAGAUUCCCAUCCACUCAAUGCUAAUGCCUGUUGUACAGUGCAUUGUGCCUACUGAACAUUGUAAGAGAAAUACAUGCAAGUGUUUCAAGGUUAUCCUACAAACCACCACCUAAUUGUCUCCUUGACAGCAGAACUUGUGUAAGUAAGACAGAUACCUUAAUUAGAAAAAGUGCACAGAAGUCUGUCUUGGCGUGUGCUUGGAAAUGCCAUUAGAGCAGAAUCUGAUCAACGCAAAGCAGCUUCGGUGACUUUGUCCAGGUCUUACAGCAAGGUUAAGAUGUUGCAUUGAGGUCCAUCAAUCAUUGCCAUUACCUUGGACAGUGUUCAGGGUUUUCACCUCACCCUCCUGCAUUGCAAGCUGAAGUUCCACUGGGUGGCACUGUAGCUGUAUGUAGAACAGGCAAAUGGAGCCCUGAUCACAGCACUCUGUCUCAAAAUAAAGGAUGACGUGGGUUUUUUAUAACUACAACUACUGGACACUAGUAUUAUUAACACUACACAUUUAACUAUUACUUGUAUCUCUACCAGUGAUGCUGUUAGCUCUGUCACUUGAGUUCGUACUACUGAAAACACAGAUUCCACUGCUGUUACUAUUACCACUGAUGGAAUGAUGAAAUGAUGGUUUUAGAUCCUCAUGUUAGUAAAAGAUUACUUUUGCUGUUUGGAUUACUGUUACUACAGUUACCAUACUUAACAGAACUGUUUCAUCACCACUAUUACUUGUCGCAAACUGAUAGUGCACUUACUAUACACAUUACAACACACUGUGAGGAUGCUGCAGAAAGUUUUACAUUAGCAUAAAAUUGGAUGACCCCCAUUGUUUUAGUCCCAUCAGGAGAAUCCAUAACCAGUGCUCCGGUUGCAGAUGGUUUAGUCUGAGUUAAGUUUGUGCUGCUUUGUAAUAUAACAACAUGACAAAGAAAUAUACUGCAGUAUUUGGGGAUUUUAG